CGAGAAGCGAUUUGAUCAUCUUUUGACGACAUUAACCACAUUACCGUAAACCUCAUUUUGAGAAUGUUCGGACCAUUCAGAGCUACUCAAUCGCUCAGUGUUGGUCUUCUCUGGAAGAUCCCCUGGCGACUCUCCCCAACCCAAAAAGCGCGACAACGUAAGCGCCUCCGAAGAGUAGACGAUGUUGUUGCAACACUUGAUCACGCAUUGGCGAAGUUAAGAAUGAGCACAAAGAAGCUUGAACGUUGGAAGGAGGAAAUGCCGCGAGAAGAAGAGAUGCUCCCAAAGGACAAAUACACGGUGUUCGAUCGGAAAGAGAAAAAGUACAGGAAAGCACUACACAAAUUACCCAAGUGGACGAGAGUUUCGCAACGACUAAAUCCACCUGGGUUUUAAAUAAUUCACUCGUGUAUUAUAACGUCUGAGUACUGUAUCAAGAAUCAAAGAGCAGGUGUACAUAUAAUGGCACCGAUGAUAUAUAUUACCUGUUUCAACGAUACGAGUCUGCAUAAUCCGUUCGCAUCUUGAGAUGCAGGAAACUGCAAGGGUCGCCGUGCUGAAAGUAUCGAUCAAGUGUUUAUCAACAUGGAGAUCUGCGAGAGCUUGGUAGCACUGCGGUGGGAAAGACCGGCUACGAGUCAAGGUUAACGGAAAGGCAUGAUGAUCAAAUCAUUCCGAGAAUCCAUUUUUUAAUUGUUGAAUCGGACA